AUGCGCCCCUCCACCCCACUGUCCGCGGCCCUGCCGCCGCUGAUAAUGGGCACCGCAACCUUCAACAACCAAUAUAACGCCGACCCCUACGCCCUCCCAACAACAGAACUCGUCCAGCGCGCACUGUCGCGCGGCAUCCGCGCCUUCGAUACAUCCCCCUACUACGGCCCCGCAGAAGAACUCCUCGGCCGCGCCCUCGCAUCAGAAACCGUUCAAACCAACUUCCCACGGGAGACAUACCACCUCCUCACCAAAGUCGGGCGCAUAGCGAGCUCAUCCUUCGACUACUCGCCACAAUGGAUCAGACACAGCGUCCGACGUAGCCUACAACGCCUACACACAGACUACCUGGACGUAGUGUACUGUCACGACGUGGAGUUCGUGACGGCGGCGGAAGUAGUCACGGCGGUGCGGGAGCUGCGUCGUCUCCGCGAUGAAGAGGGCGUGCUACGCUACGUCGGUAUUUCCGGUUACCCAGUCGACACGCUCAGCGAGUUGGCGGAGACGGUCCUUCGUGAGACGGGUGAGCCGCUAGAUAUUGUGAUGUCGUAUGCCAACUUCACUUUGCAGAAUACCCGGCUGCACUCGCAUGCCCUGCCUAGGCUGAUUGCUGCUGGCGUUGAUGUUAUUCCUAAUGCAUCGCCCCUGGGGAUGGGAUUGCUUCGUCGUGACGGUGUGCCGAUUGGCUCGAUGGGCGAUUUCCACCCCGCCCCCAGUGCCCUGCGCAGUGCUAUUCGCAGUGCUUCAGAUUGUGCUUCGCAGCAUGACGAGAAACUUGAGGUUGUUGCAAUUCGGUUUGCGCUAGAGGCGUGGCUGCGUGUUGGUGCUCGGGCUGGAGGUCAUGGUGCGCCGCUUGCUCGUGCUGCGGACGCUGAUCCUGGAUUCUUGUCUGUGGCCAGUGUGGGUACGGGGAGGAGGCUCGGUGUUAGCGUUAUGGGCGUUAGCAAUAUCGCGGAGCUGGAGGAGACUUUGCGCGUGUGGCACAGCAUCGUCGAUGGACUGGAGAAUUGGAAUGAGGAUGACGACGCUUCUUAUUUCGAUAUUGAGUUGAAACCACCUGGACUGUCGACUUCUAGCCUAGACAUUUCGACGGGCGAUAUUCCCACGGCGGCGAAUAUCCUCACGCCCCAGGAGGAUCUUAUCACGGACCGUGCUUGGUCUCAUGCACGCGGAGCUCAUAUCUUGCAGCUGGCGCGAGAGAUUCGAGGGAUAAUAGGUACAGAAUGGGUUGAUUAUGCCUGGGCCAGUCCGUCACCAGAUUUUGUGAAUUCAUUGUCCGAGGAGCAUAUCGCCGCUGUGCAGCAGAUCGAGGCCGAAGAGAGGGCAGGACGGAAGCCUUCUCUCUCCAUAUCUGAUACUGUUAUCACGGAGGAACCUAUGCCGACACCGCCGUCAGAUGUGGAAAAGCAGCUUGCAUAG